AUUAAUCAUUUGCUUUAAAAUUGUGCUGUAUUUUUUAUAUGAUUGAAACGAAUAAUAUAACUAAUAUUUCUGUUCUAUUUGUUUUUAUUUCUAUUGCCAUGUAUACAGGAUUUUCAUAUUGUGUGGAUCUUGGUAGGCGUUUGAAGUUUCCAUAUUUUUUUUCCUGCGAAAUGCAUCUUUUCGCCCGUAGCAAUCCGUAGCGGUGGUUCACAGCCUGCCAUGUUUGUGUACAAAUUUAUAUUUUUUGUUCAAUAGUAAGAGUUUUCCGACGUGUUUUGCAGAGCGUUUCAAUCGAUACUGCUACCAAGAUAUGCUAGGAACAAUCAACCAUUAUCAAACACAGCAAGCUUUCAGUGCGUCAAUCAAACAAACACAAUCCAGCUAGUUCAACUUGCACUGCACGAAACGCAGCUAAGCAAAGACGAUGGCCCAGCGAUUUCCGGCAGUCGGUGGACUACCGCAGCGAUACGGUUCGCCUGUAACCAAUCCACCGUUUAUGCGUCCGUACGGACCUGGAAACAGUUUCGGGCCACGGAACUAUUCCGCUCAGCCGCAAGUAAGUGGAGGACCGUUGCCAACGCAACUACCACAUCAACGACCGAUGUACGCCGGAUUUCAAGCGUCUGGUAGUAGAGGAUCCGGAUCGGGCGGUGGUGGCGGAGGAAAGCGCGGAAGUGCAGAUAGAAAUGCAUCGCAUGCAAAGGCAAAUGAUCAGCAAGCAAAGAAAAGAAAAAAGCUAGCCGAUAAGAUACUUCCGCAGAAGGUGCGCGAAUUGGUGCCAGAAUCACAAGCCUACAUGGAUUUGCUUGCCUUUGAACGUAAGCUGGACGCAACGAUCACACGCAAACGGCUCGACAUUCAGGAAACCCUCAAACGCCCGAUGAAGCAGAAGCGCAAGUUACGGAUCUUCAUCUCAAACACGUUCUAUCCGGCGCAGCAUGACAAUGAGUUGUUGAAUCCAUCCCAGCCGCGAGUGGAAUCGUCUUGGGAAUUGCGUGUUGAAGGCCGUUUGCUGGAGGACACCGGUAAGCCAGACGGAAUAAAGAUGAAGCGUAAGUUUAGCAGCUUCUUCAAAUCGCUUGUGAUUGAGCUGGAUAAAGAAUUGUAUGGGCCGGAUAACUAUCUUGUGGAGUGGCACCGAACCCAUACAACGCAGGAAACGGAUGGGUUUCAGGUAAAGCGAACGGGUGCCCGGAAUGUGCGCUGCACCAUUCUGCUACUGCUCGACUAUCAGCCAUUGCAGUUUAAGCUUGAUCCACGGCUUGCUCGUUUGCUGGGUGUCCAUACGCAGACCCGGCCCGUAAUUAUUUCCGCCCUGUGGCAGUACAUCAAAACGCACCGUUUGCAGGAUGCGCACGAGCGUGAGUAUAUCACUUGUGACAAAUAUUUGGAGCAGAUUUUCGGAUGUCAGCAUAUGAAGUUUGCCGAGAUACCGCAGCGAUUAAAUCCACUGCUGCACCCACCGGAUCCGAUCGUAAUCAAUCAUGUGAUCAUGGUGGAGGGUGGCGAUGGGCAGGAUGGUAAACAAACCGCCUGCUACGACAUCGAUGUCGAGGUGGACGAUACGCUGAAACAUCAAAUGAAUAACUUCUUAAUGAGCACCGCUAGCCAGCAGGAAAUUCAAGCGCUCGACGGUAAAAUCCACGACACGGUCGAAACGAUUCAGCAGCUGAAAACGAAUCGUGAGUUUUUCCUUUCCUUCGCCAAAGAACCGCACACCUUCAUUCACCGGUGGAUUGUGUCGCAGAAGCGCGACCUAAAGAUGAUGACCGACGUCGUCGGCAAUCCGGAGGAGGAACGGCGGGCGGAAUUCUACUACCAGCCCUGGACACAGGAAGCGGUGUCACGCUACUUCUUCGCCAAGGUCAACGAUAGGCGGACCGAGCUGGAGCAAGCACUCGGCAUCCGUCAUCCGUAAUGGAUAUGCGGCUGCCUUCCAUACACCUGAUAACAAUCCAAUUUACAAACACAGAGUAACAGAGACUACAGAACCAAAACCGAAGCGUACAAAUCUCACAACGUGUGCCGGCAAUUAGAAUCAAAUUUUAGGGGAAAAAACAACAGUAUACGGUGUAGUUUUUUCUUUUUGUGUGUGUAGCGGUGUGAUAGACCAGAAAUAUACCAUGUAUACGAUGACUUAAA